AUGAUGGUUUCACCUAUAAAGCUGACACAAUGUAACAAACCUUCUGUAAUCUUACCUUACCCUGUAUUCCUAUCCUAUAAUGCUGAGCCCCGCCCACUCCUGUCACAUGAUCAUCCUCACAGGUCCUUCACCCGCAGUCUGCUCCAUCCUGAUGAGCUCCGCCCCCACAUGUACUGGUCACAUGAUUGUGACAUCAUCACAGGUCCUACUCCUCCAGCAUCCAGCAGAUACAGAGCAGGUCCUUGUCGGGCACUUUGUAGUAAGGCUCCUCCUCUUCUUCAGGACUAUCCCCUCCAGCUGACCCAGUUGUCUCCUCUUCUCCUGAAUGAUCCCCCAAGGAUGGACAAGGACAGGAAUGAGAUGACUAAGAGAAUAUUACACUUCACCUUGGAGAUCCUCCACCUGCUGACCGGAGAGGAUUACACCAUAGUGAAGAAGACAUGGGGGGAGUGUGUGGCCCCCAGAAGCCAAGAGUCAGGAGAAAAGAGCAGGGCCCGAAGCUUCAUCAUGGAGCCUUCACCUCAUUCACUGAAACAUGAGGAGAAGAUCCUAGAACUCACCCACAGGAUAACUGAGCUGCUGACUGGAGAGGUUCCUAUAAGGUGUCAGGAUGUGGCGGUCUAUUUCUCCAUGGAGGAGUGGGAGUAUGUAGAAGGACACAAGGAUCUGUACCAGGACAUAGUCAUGAUGGAGGAUCACUGGCCCCUCACAUCACAAGAUGGAGUCAUUGAUAGAAAUCCACCCGAGAGGUGUCCCCGCCCUCUGUAUUCCCAGGACUGUCCAGAGGGAAAUGUCCCAGAGAAGCAUCAGGGUGAAGAUCUGAUGGAUAUUAAGGUUGAGGUUAUAGAUGACUCAGAAGAGGAGUCGGAUUUCUGGGAAGAUCAACAGUAUGGAGUCAUUGAUAGAAAUCCACCCGAGAGGUGUCCCCGUCCUCUGUAUUCCCAGGACUGUCCAGAGGGAAAUGUCCCAGAGAAGCAUCAGGGGGAAGAUCUGAUCAUUAUUAAAGUGGAGGAUGAAGAAGAGAGGAUGAGGGAAGUCCAAGAGGGAAUUCCAGGAGGUGUUACCCCAGAAAACUCUGAGGGAAACUUCAUGUUAUCGCUAAAUAAUAAAGGAGAAGAUGAAGAUAUCAUGGAGCGCUCCUCAGGAGAAGACCUCCUUACCCCUAAUGUCCAUCCAGAUCUAUCCUGUAAUAAUCCACCUGAUCAUGAGGAACCUUCUCCUGGCCAAUCACAGAUCGGUACCAAAAGUACACCUCAGAAAGGGAAGAAAAGGGUUCAAUGUGAUGAAUGUGGAAAAGAGUUUACAAAACGAUCAAGUCUUUUUACGCACAAGAGAAUUCACACAGGAGAGAAGCCGUAUUCAUGUGCAGAAUGUGGGAAAUGUUUUACUUAUAAAUCACACCUUGUUCAACAUGAGAGAAGUCACACAGGAGAGAAGCCGUUUUCAUGUUCGGAAUGUGGGACGUGUUUUGUUACUCAGUCGAAUCUGAUUAGACAUAGGAGAAUUCACAAAGGAGAAAAGGUGUAUUCAUGUUCAGAAUGUGGAAAAUGUUUUACACAAAAAUACCAUCUAGUUGUACAUGAAAGAAAACACACAGGGGAGAAGCCAUUUUCAUGUGAAAAUUGUGGAAAACGUUUUAGAGAUAAAUCGCAGCUUGUCAUCCAUGAGAGAACUCACACAGGAGAGAAGCCGUUUUCUUGUUCACAAUGUGGGAAAAGUUUCACGCGCAAUUCACUUCUUGUUGUACAUGAAAGAAUCCACACAGGAGAGAAGCCUUUUCCAUGUUCAGAAUGCGGGAAGUCUUUUAAAGAUAAAUCAGGUCUUGCUAUACAUAUGAGAGGUCACACAGGAGAGAAGCCAUUUACAUGUUCAGAAUGUGGGAAAUGUUUCAGCCGUAAAGCACAUCUCGUCUUACACGAGAGAGUUCAUACAGGAGAGAAGCCGUAUUCGUGUUCCGAGUGUGGGAAAUACUUUAAAACGAAAUCGGAUCUGAAUAACCACGAGAGAAGUCACACGGGAGAAAAACCAUAUUUAUGCUCAGAAUGCGGGAAAUGUUUUGCACGUAAAACGCAGCUCGUCAUACAUGCAAGAAUACACACAGGAGAGAAGCCGUAUUCAUGUUCAGAAUGUGGGAAAUGUUUUAUUUCUAAGGGCAAUCUGUGGAAUCAUCUUGAAGCCUCCAAAAAAACCUUAUCUCACAAUGUGUUUUUCUGCCUUGAUAUUGACUUGUAUCUUCUGCUCACUCUUACUGAGCUCCACAGACUGGGAAAGGGCGUUCUGCAGCAAGGGCAAAAUCCUAGUAAGAGCUCUAAGGAAAACUUUGCGUUAUCGCUAUGUUAUAAAGAAGAAGAUGAAGAUAUCAUGCAGUACUCCCCAGGAGAGAACUUCCUUGCCCUUAAUCCAGGACUUCACAGUACAGAUCUUCCAUAUAAUCUCCCUGAUCAUGAGGAUCUUUCUCCCGACCCACCACAGAUUGUUACCAUAGGUACAGAUCUGAGAGGAGAGAAGCCCUAUGCAUGUGUAGAAUGUGGAAAAUGUUUUACAUAUCGAUCGCAGCUUCUUCUACAUAAGAGAAUUCACACAGGAGAAAAGCCGUUUUCGUGUUCAGAAUGUGGGAAGUCUUUCACAAGUAGAUCGAAUCUUGUUAAACACGAGAGAAUCCACACAGGAGAGAAGCCGUAUGCGUGUUCAGAAUGCGGGAAAUGUUUCAUAGAUAAAUCGGGUCUUGUCAUGCAUGAGAGAGUUCACACAGGAGAGAAGCCGUAUUCCUGUUCAGAAUGUAAGAGGUGUUUCUCACGUAAGUCACAGCUUGUUAUACAUGCAAGAAUUCACACAGGAGAGAAGCCGUAUCCAUGUUCGGAAUGUGGGAAAUUCUUCAAAAGUAAAUCGGAUCUGGUUAAACAUAGGAGAAGUCACACAGGAGAAAGGCCGUAUUUGUGUACAGUAUGUCAGAAACGUUUUGCACGUAAAUCACAGCUUAUCAUACAUUCAAGAAUUCACACAGGAGAGAAGCCGUUUUCAUGUUCAGAAUGUGGGAAAUGUUUUACAAGAAAAUCAGAUAUGGCUAAACAUAGGAAAAGUCAUUUGGCUUCAGUGGAACAGAAGCCAAAUGUUUUACAAGUAAUUCAUAUCUUGUUAUUAAUCAGUCUCAAAAGCAUAGUUUCUAAAGUUAAAGAAAUCCACCAGGUUCAACCUAUAUCCCUACUGUGUAGAUCCAGAAGAAGGAUAAUUAUAAAUCCGCCCACUCUGUCACAUGACCAUCCUCACAGGUCCUUCAUCCACAAUGUUCUCUAUCCUGCUGAGCUCCGCCCCCACAUGUACUGGUCACAUGAUUGUGACAUCAUCACAGGUCCUACACCUCCAGCAUCCAGCAGAUACAGAACAGGUCCUGGUCUGACAGAAAGGAGAUUACAUGAGGAGGAGGCUCCUCCUCUUCUCCAGGACUAUCCCCUCCAGCUGACCCAGUUGUCUCCUCUUCUCCUGAAUGAUCCCCCAAGGAUGGACAAGGACAGGAAUGAGAUGACUAAGAGAAUAUUACACUUCACCUUGGAGAUCCUCCACCUGCUGACCGGAGAGGAUUACACCAUAGUGAAGAAGACAUGGGGGGAGUGUGUGGCCCCCAGCAGCCAUCUCCAUGAGUCAGGAGGACACAGCAGGGCCCAGGGCCCCAUCAUGGAGCCUCCACCUCUCUCACUGAUACAUGAGGAGAAGAUUCUAGAACUCGCCCAUGGGAUCACUGAGCUGCUGACUCGAGAGGUUCCUAUAAGGUGUCAGGAUGUGGCGGUCUAUUUCUCCAUGGAGGAGUGGGAGUAUGUAGAAGGACACAAGGAUCUGUACCAGGACAUAGUCAUGAUGGAGGAUCACCGGCCCCUCACAUCACAAGAUGGAGUCAUUGAUAGAAAUCCACCCGAGAGGUGUCCCCGCCCUCUGUAUUCCCAGGACUGUCCAGAAGGAAAUGUCCCAGAGAAGCAUCAGGGGGGAGAUCUGAUGAAUAUUAAAGUGGAGGAUGAAGAAGAGAGGAUGAGGGGCCAUCACCCGUGUAUGAGGGAAGUGAAGGAGGAAAUUCCAGGAGGUGUUACCCCAGAAAAUCCCAGUAAGAAUUCUGAGGGAAACUUCAUGUUAUCCCUGAAUGAUAAAGGAGAAGAUGAAGAUAUGAUGGAGCGCUCCUCAGGAGAAGACCUCCUUACCCCUAAUGUCCAUCCAGAUCUAUCCUAUAAUAAUCCACCUGAUCAUGAGGAACCUUAUCCUGACCAACCACACAUUGUUACCACAAGGACAGAGCAGAAAGGGGAGGAAAGGUUUCAUUAUGGUGAAUGUGGAAAAGAGUUUACAAAAAGCUCAGAUCUUUUAACACACAGUUGUCACAAAGAAGAGAAGCCUUAUUCAUGUUCAGAAUGUGGGAAAUGUUUUGUAUAUAAAUCACAGCUUGUUCAACAUGAGAGAAGUCAUACAGGAGAGAAGCCGUUUUCAUGUUCAGAGUGCGGGAAAUGUUUCACGCGUAAUUCGCAGCUUGUUAUACAUGAGAGAAUUCACACAGGAGAGAAACCAUAUUCAUGUUUAGAAUGUGGGAAAUGUUUUACAGAUAAAUCGGGUCUUGUUCUACAUGAGAGAAGACACACAGGAGAGAAGCCGUAUUCGUGUUCAGAAUGUGGAAAAUGUUUCUCGCGUAAAUCAGAGCUUGUUAUACAUUCGAGAAUUCACACAGGAGAGAAACCAUAUUCUUGUUCCGAAUGUGGCAAAUACUUUAAAAGUAAAUCCGAUCUGAAUAACCAUGAGAAAAUUCACACAGGAGAAAAACCCUAUUUAUGUUCGGAAUGUAAGAAAUGUUUUGCACGUAAGUCACAGCUUGUCAUACAUGCAAGAACUCACACAGGAGAAAAGCCGUAUUCGUGCUCGGAAUGUGUGAAAUGCUUUACAAAUAAAUCAGAUCUGGCUAAACAUGAGAGAACUCACGCAGGAAAGAAGUCAAAUGUAUUACAAGGAAAUCACAUCUUGUAACACAUGAAAGAACUCGUACAGGCAUGAAGCUAUUUUCAGGUUCAGAAUGUGUGAAAUGAUUUAGUACUAAAAACAGUCUAAGGAAUCAUGUUUUGACACACAGUUGUCACAGAGAAGCCUUAUUCAUGUUCAGAAUGUGGGAAAUGUUUUGCUUGUAAAUCACAGCUUGUUUGACUUGAGAGAAGUCACAUAGGAGAGAAGCCGUUUUCAUGUUCAGAGUGCGGGAAAUGUUUUACGUGUAUUUCGCAGCUUGUUAAACAUGAGAGAAUUCACACAGGAGUGAAGCUAUUUUCCUGUAAUGAUCUUUUUAGGGUUUAGACUAUGUAAGGCUCGACUUACAUCACUAUUCGGUUAUACAUUCCCCUUAUAUGUUUACAACCUGUCAGAAUGAGAUAUCAAUGAAUACAGGCACAUACUGAUACAGGGCCCACUCAUGUUAAAGGGGUACUCCGGUGGAAAACUUUGAACUGGUGCAAGAAAGUUAAACAG